AAGCGUAAUUGACAUACUUAGAGAAGGAAGAAUAUAAAAGUGUUUAAAAUUUCUCAGUUUAAUUUAUUUUGCGCGUAUUCCACAGCAAUGGCGAGCCGGUUGUUGUUAAUAUAUUACUUUGCUUUGUUAGCGUUUGCGUGCACUGCUUCAGUGUGUGGCCACGGCAUGAUGCUAGAUCCACCGGGUCGUUCGUCGCGUUGGCGCUACAAUUCCUCUGCGCCCAAAAACUAUGAUGAUAAUGGAUUAAAUUGUGGUGGCAUGACGGUACAAUGGAACACAAAUAAUGGUAAGUGCGGACUGUGUGGCGAUAAUUACGCUUUGCCGACGCCGCGUGCCAACGAAAUCGGUGGAUAUUAUGGCGGAGUUGGUGUGAUUACAAAAGUUCUUCAAGGCUCCUAUACGGCUAGAGUGGGUGUGCGCAUCACCACCAAUCAUUUGGGAUACUUCCGUUUCGAUAUUUGCGAUCUGACUGAGUUUGGCGCGGAGUCGGAAUACUGCUUCAGCAAGUAUCCGUUACGCUUUGUUGAUGGUUCCAGUAGACUGUAUAUAGGAAGCACAGCAGGCUGGAUUGAUGCAGAUGUUGUUUUGCCUGAAAAUUUGUAUUGUGAACAUUGUGUGCUGCGUUGGACCUACACGGGCGGCAAUAAUUGGGGUCCUUGUGGUAAUGGCACAAGCGCGUUGGGCUGUGGGCCACAAGAAACAUUCGUCAAUUGUGCAGAUGUUAGUAUUGUUUAUCCAGUGACUGGUCGUUUGUACUUGCCAUGGUCGAUUGAACGUAAAAUUGAAGAGCCAGUGAACGCUGAAGUUCCAGAGUUUUACAAGAUAAUUUGGUUUUACAAAAAAAGAUUUGGUAGUUUUUAAAAUGAAAUCUUCAGUGCGAACUGAAAUGAUAAAUUACAUCGACUUAAGUUUUAUUUUUAUAGUAGUAGUAAAUUAUUGUCAACAAAAGGUAAAAGGCGUAAGCACAUAAGUCUGUUUAAACUAAAGUCUGAUUUGCUUUUGUCAAAAAAUUUUUCAUUUUAAUUUUGGUAGACGGGAAUAUUUUAGUUAGUACUUCGUGAAGGCACACCCACAUUUUUCAUAGGAACUAGGAUCCAAAAUUGUGGACGACGUAGUCAACAUCCGAUUGUCCCACUAUGGCAAAGUAAAGAUAGGGAAAGCGGAGCUAAAAUAUAACUAAGCCAAACAGUCGAUGAAUUGUUGACAUUUCUGUUCAGUAAGGUUGGCCAGGAUAUCAUGAAUCGUUUAAGAGGGUAUUCUGGU